GCUCUCCGUACCUUUCUCUCUUUCCCUUUCUUUGCAGUUACCAAUUCUUCUUAUCUCCUUCUUUCUGCGGUCUUCUAACGAGAAUGGGAUUGCCCAUCCGUCUAGUUCCGAUAUCAGUUUCUGGAUCAUCCUCCUCAACGCACAAAUAGACAGCCUGUCUGAAAAAAUGCACAUACAUAGCCAGAUAGAUGGAACGAAAGAUAGAGCUCUUCUUGAGGAAGAAAGAAAGUAAAACGGAGCUAUGGUGCUGUUCGGCUUGUUUAAGAAGAAGAUUACUGGUGUUGGCAUCGACAAACCAAAGAGAAGAUCGAUCCCACUAACGAGCCUAGCUUCUGUCGAAUCUUUAACACUACCUCGUGUUCAGGUGAUUGUUCUGAAAGCAGAUUUGGGGUGCGUCGAUUGCCAAAAGAGGUUGGCUCGUGUUGUUUCCAGAAUAGGCACGGGUGCUGAAUCCAUGGAGGUGGAUUUGUUGGAGAAGAAGGUAACCCUCACUUGUAGAGUUGCUGCAGUUAGAGGAUCGACUAUGGAAGUUGCUGCGGUCCGAAACUACCGUAACCCAAGAAAAGAUGUGAAGAAAAUGCUAAUAUUUUUCCCUCCUUGUAACUGAUUAUCAAUCAUCUGGAAAGUGGCACAUCUUAAGUUUACUGCAUCUGUUGGUUGUACAAUUGUAUUUCAGAUAGAAAAUGCAUAGCUAUACCUGUUACCGGUUGUACAUUAACUCCAUAAUGGUCAUUAAGGAAAUUAUGUUUUCUUA